AUGGGGCUCUGGCCCGAGCCCGGCGCGCCCCGGGGCAGCGACGCCUCUUCCGGCCGAGCUGGCCGCUGUCCCCGCUCUGUCUUCAGCAACAUUAAGGUGUUCGUGCUCUGCCACGGCCUCCUGCAGCUCUGUCAGCUCCUGUACAGCGCCUACUUCAAGAGCAGCCUCACCACCAUCGAGAAGCGCUUUGGCCUCUCCAGUUCCUCCUCGGGUCUCAUUUCCAGCCUGAAUGAGAUCAGCAACGCCAUCCUCAUCAUCUUUGUCAGCUACUUUGGGAGCCGGGUGCACCGUCCACGGCUGAUUGGCAUUGGGGGUCUGCUCCUGGCUUCGGGUGCCUUCGUCCUCACCCUCCCACACUUCCUCUCAGAGCCUUACCAGUACACCGUGGCCAGCAUUGGGAACAACAGCUUCUUCCAAGCUGAGCUCUGUCAGAAGCACUGGCAGGACCUGCCCCCCAGCAAGUGCCACAGCAGCACCCAGGACUCCCAGAAGGAGACCAGCAGUAUGUGGGCUCUCAUGGUGGUCGCCCAGCUGCUGGCAGGCGUUGGGACGGUGCCCAUUCAGCCGUUUGGAAUCUCCUAUGUGGACGACUUCUCUGAGCCCAACAACUCACCCCUGUACAUCUCCAUCUUAUUUGCCAUCUCUGUAUUCGGACCGGCCUUCGGGUACCUGCUGGGCUCCGUCAUGCUGCAGAUCUUCGUGGACUAUGGCAGAGUGGACACAGCUGCCGUUAACCUGAGCCCUGGAGACCCCCGGUGGAUUGGAGCCUGGUGGCUGGGCCUGCUCGUCUCCUCAGCGUCCUUGGUUCUCACCUCUUUCCCCUUUUUUUUCUUUCCUCGAACAAUGCUCAGGGAAGCGGAGAGGUCUCCAGCCAUAGUGGAUGAGGCAAGGAAGAUGGACGAGGUCAAGCCAAGAAGCUCCCUGGUGGAUUUCAUUAAACGCUUUCCCCGCAUCUUCCUGAGGCUGCUGAUGAACCCACUCUUCAUGCUGGUGGUCCUGGCCCAGUGCACCUUCUCCUCUGUCAUUGCUGGCCUCUCCACAUUCCUCAACAAGUUCCUGGAGAAGCAGUAUGGUGCCUCCGCAGCCUAUGCCAACUUCCUCAUUGGUGCUGUGAACCUUCCUGCCGCAGCAUUGGGGAUGCUGUUUGGAGGAAUCCUCAUGAAGCGUUUUGUUUUCUCUCUGCAAACCAUUCCCCGCGUGGCUGCCACCAUCAUCACCAUCUCCAUGGUCCUUUGCGCCCCUCUCUUCUUCAUGGGAUGCUCCACCCCCACUGUAGCGGAGGUCUAUCCCCCCAGGACAUCAAGUUCUAUACAUCCGCAGCUUCCUGCCUGCCGCAGGCACUGCCUGUGCCCAGACUCCAUCUUCCACCCGGUGUGCGGAGACAAUGGAGUGGAGUACCUCUCGCCCUGCCAUGCUGGCUGCAGCGACGUCAACAUCAGCUCUGUGGCCUCCAAGCAGCUGACGUAUCUGAACUGCAGCUGUGUGACCGGGGCGUCCACUUCAGCCAAGUCGGGAUCGUGCCCCAUUCCCUGCGCCCACUUCCUGCUGCCGGCCAUCUUCCUCAUCUCCUUCGUGGCCCUCAUAGCCUGCAUCUCUCACAACCCGCUCUACAUGAUGGUUCUGCGUGUGGUGAACCAGGAAGAAAAGUCAUUUGCCAUCGGGGUGCAGUUCUUGCUGAUGCGCCUGCUGGCCUGGCUGCCAUCUCCAGCCCUCUACGGCCUCACCAUCGACUACUCCUGCAUCAGGUGGAGCUUGCAGUGCUCGGGGAGGCGUGGGGCCUGUGCCUACUAUGACAAUGACGCUCUCCGAGACAGGUACCUGGGCCUGCAGGUGGGCUACAAGGCGCUGGGUGCACUGCUGCUCUUGUUCGUCAGCUGGCGGGUGAAGAAGAACAAGGAGUACAACGUGCAGGAGAAGGCUGCGGGCCUCAUCUGACCCCUGACCCUCGGCCCAGCCACUGCCCUGUUCCAGAAAGUGGACCCUGCCCUCCACACCUGCCUGUAUUUACUAAUGUUAACACAUCAUUUCCGUUUUGUUUUCUAAAUAAGAGAAAACCCCAGUCACCAUUUGCCCUCCCUGCCUCCACGCCCCCACCCCAGGAUUCCUUAGGUCCGCUGUGUACCUGAACUGGAUGGGCACUGAGCUGGAGGACCAGGUCUUUCCUGGCUCCUUUCAAGGCACCUGUGUGUGCCCAAGCUUUCCUCAGUGCUGGAUCCCCCAGCAAGGAUGCCCACUGAGGCAGCCCCUGCUCCCCCACCCCAGCCUUGUGGGUGGGGCUGGUUUCCUACGUGGAGAGAGCAAAGCGUUAUCUUCCCAGAGGAAGGAGGGAGAGGGCUGGGUUAUGAUUAAUGGCCAGAGGCAGGCUAGGGGAGGGAGAGCCUGGCUGUAGCCUUCUUUGUGUCUUGGUUCAGCAUCAGCACAGAACUCAGGAGGGACUGGCCUCCUUCCCCUCAGAUCUUUGCUUCCUGCCCCAAAAGGCCAUUUUGGAAGCUGCCAUGUUGGGAAGUAUGGCCAGCCGGUCCCCUCUCAGUUACCCCACACUCAGGCACCAGAGCAGAGACCAAGACACCAUGAGGUGGGUCAUCCAGAUGCUGUUCCUGUUAACUCUAGAUCCUUCUGUGCUGAGAAAGCCACACCAUGGUGAAGACCCAAGGAGGGCCAUGAAGUGGUCAGUAGCCCAACCUCCCACACCCUCUAUGUGAGGAUGAGACCACUGAACUCAGAGUGACGGGAAGACCCGCCCUGAGUUUCCUUGGGAGCAGAUGAGGUGGCCGCACGUGGGCUACCCUGUCUGGACCUCACCCUGUGUGCCAAAGAGUAAAGACAGGCAGUCCAAGAUGUCAGCAGAGCAAGCAAUGAAGCUGGGGGAGGGGUGGGGGCGGGUGUCAGGGUCUGCCAAGCUGGAUGGUAAACCCAUGAAAUAGAGGCCAGGGUGGUCCGCUUCCCUGGCUCCAGACACUCCUAUGUUCAACAUGUUCUCAGCCUCUCCUCACUGCCCCUCUGGGGGCCUGGGUUGAGCGGCCCCCCUGCUGUGUGGUAAAGGUUCAGAGUUGGCUGUCCACAAAGGAGGCCUUUCAUCAACAAGUAUUAUAUUUAUUGCAGACCAGCUUUGUGCAAGGCAGUGCUAGUACAUGGCUCUCCAGCGAGCUCUCCUAGGCUCUCCCCUCCCCGCCCCCCAUCCACACCGGGCCUUCUCCUAGAGUGUGCUGGGGACAGCGGCAGGGGUGACACAGCAUGAACCCAGAGACUGUCAACAGGACCUUGACCAUCUAUGUCCCACCAGAUGGCCCCUGCACCUAGCCCUUUGCCAGACAGAGACCUGGCUCACCGUGUCCUCUGGAGCAGCUGGGAACUGGUUAUUGCCACACAUGGCUCUCUUGAGCGCCAUACCUCUCGGAAGAACCCUCCAGAAGCAUACCAGAAGCCAUCUCUGGAAAGGGCUCAUAUGGUGGUAAGCCAAAAAAUGUAUGUCAGUGGCCAAACCGCCAGGAGACUGAAGUUUUUGUGAAAGCCACUGCUACACGUGGCCUUUUUUCCAAAGAUCUCACUCAGGAAGGGAGGCUCCAUGCAACCUCAGGGGCUAGUUUCAGCAUUUUAAGAUGGUUCCGCUUGGAAAAUGAUUCCCUGCAACUAAUCCUGGUCCUUCUCUCUGUGAUUUAACCAAAUUCUGAAGGCACUGCCUUCAGCUGAGCUCACGAACAAUGAAUGCCAACCUGCAGAUUCUGGAAGAUUGGUUGCCCUCCCAAGGCUUUAUUCUAUUAUGAUAUUGCUAUUAAUAUAUUAUAAUUUUGCUA